AUGCCUAGAGAUUCAGCCACUUCAAUAAUUUCUAGCUACCGUCAUGCAGCACCAUCAGGCCCUUGGCCAUGGAUGGACUUCGAUACUGAUUCAGACAUUACCCUCAGCCGUGACAACAUACCAGCCUCACCUGGCGCAGCGGGCCAGUCAUGGCGCGGAUACCCUGAGGCUCUCUUUGGGAAUUGGAAACCGGAUCAAGUGAAGCGGAGCAAGAUGCUCAGCAACUGUUCGGAGCUCGAUAUGUGCUCGGUUCAUUGGCUGGAUGUUCUAACAGACGGGACUUUUACGGUUUUGGAUGAGGAGGGGCGAGACCAAACAACUAGAAUAACACCUGAACGUUUAAAUGAGUUUUGGGGACUGUUGCAGACGCCUCGACCUGCAAACAUCCGCGUUCGUGCAUUGUUUGUUGAUAAUCUUUCCAUGUCUGUGCUGCAGAUGCUUGGAACGAGGUAUAAUAUUGAACCUUUUUUCUUUUCUUCAUCCCUGAAUUGGAUACCCUCGCAUUACCAAGAGGGAGUUCAGCGGGGCAAGGGCGAUCAUAUUACGGUUACACUCCCAUUCAUGCGUGCGAUGCAAAAUCCAGUCACUCGACCAUCAACACCAAUACCCGAAACACCAGGUUCAGUAAGAUCUAUACACAUUUUCACUGCUAAAUUAUUUCUUCAAGACGAACAUGAAAUAAUUGACACCCAAGCACCACUCUCUCUCAGCUGUGGUAACAUCAUUCUCCUCGAUCUCCUCGCGAUACAUAUGGUACGAUCAGAGGAUUCGAGCACGAUCAUAUCGUAUCAUCCAAGUUCUAGUUUUCGCCGUCCUUCCCCAAAGAAGCUACACUCCCUUAUCUACCGUGCGGGACAGAGUAAUAAUCGACGUUUGUUGUUUUGGUUGAUUAUCAAUACCAUUCAGGAAUCCCAAGUGCUGUUAACUAAUAACAUCGAUCUGACUCGUAAACUUCACAUCAUACAAGCACACCUCCUACACUACCAUUCGCUUCUCCAAGACUUCCAGAAGUCCGUCGAGUUCCUCCACAAGACACCGAAUCCCGCUUUGGACUCCGAUGACUAUAGUCCUAAUGAACGUAAGGACACCAUGGAGCUCAUGGCAAAGGAGUGUGCGAAUUUACUCUCAGAAAUCGGGAGAUUGGAGAACAGGCGAUUGAUGCUGAGCAGUAGGUUGAAGAACGCGACGGAUCUGGCGUUUGCGAUUGUCAAUAUAAAUGACAGUAAGCAAAUGAAGGCCCUGACGGAAGCCACGGUCCGAGACUCAGGUGCGAUGAAGCAGAUCUCCUACCUCACGAUGAUAUUCCUUCCUGCUUCCUUCACUGCGGCCGUGUUUGGGAUGAAUGUUGAUGAAAUCUCCGGGACGCAAGGACAGGAGACGCUCGUUCACUACGUUGCGGUGGCAUUAGCUCUCACAUGCGCCACUUCGUGGCUCAUGGUAGCCUUCCAUUCGCCUAGCCCCUUUGUUGUCGAGGAUAGCACUCUGUUACAGCGCGCCGGGUGGCCAGUGUUUUAUCUCCUCAAAAAAUUCAAUGAUAAAUGGAGAGAGAAAUCGCUUCCGAGUGUUCUCACGCGCGGAUUUGAAGGGGAGAAUAUGUUUUGCAGUAUGCAUCAUAUGCAUCUUUCCGACCACCGCGCGGUCACUUCGCACGCGUAUAAUUUGAUUGAUUGUAUCAAGACCUGCAAAUGUCCGGAUUACUUCGCUAUGAUAGGCUUAAGUGUGACCAGCCUGGCUUACACACCACGAACAAGUCGAUACUACAGCUAUGCCACCUGCGGUGCCUGCCCCGCCGUAAGUUCUGUCCUUUUAUUUUCCUUAUUUUUGCCGACUGAUGCUCUCCCUAGAUAUCGACAUGCGGCACCAUCAGGACCAUGGCCAUGGAUGGACUUUGAGGCAGAUUCUACGACCCCUACGACUUCCAUAGAGCCAUCCUGGCGGGGGUACCCUCGGAACCAGUUCGGGAACUGGACUCCGGACCAAGUAGGGCGUAGUAAGAUGCUCGAAAAGUGUCUGGUGAAUAAGUCUAGCACCAUUUACUGGAUGGAUGUGCGCAACGACGGGAGUUUUGCUAGCUCAGAUAUGGGAGGAAAUGGUGAUACUAUGGUAGUGGGAACUGAACAUGAGGAUGGGUUUUGGGAUAUAUUACAAGGGAAGCGACCAGAAAAUAUCCGAGUGCGAUCGAUAUUUGUGGAUAGCUUAACCUCACCGGUCUUGCGCAUGCUGGGCACAAAAUACAACAUCGAACCAUUCUUUUUCACGUCCUCCAUAAAUUGGAUACCCUCACGAUAUCAGGAAGCGCCUAUCCAUAAUGAAGGAGAUCACAUUACUGUUGUCCUGCCAUUUGUACGAACACUGCGCAAUAAAUUUCGCAGUUCUCAACCAGCACCCACCUCUCCAACACCACUAUCACAAUCCCCGAAUGCUCAGAUCAACACCCAGGCUCCUUUCCCUAUGAGUAAUGGCGACAUGCUCUUCAUCGACCUCCUCGCAAUUCACAUGGUCCGCGGCGUAAAGACAAGCACCGUCAUCUCCUACCAUCCAGACUCUACGUGGUGCAGGACAUCCGCGAAGCGCCUUCACUCGCUCAUGCAACUUGUAGGGGGCAGUGUGUACUGGCAAAAAAUAUUCGAGAAGUCAGAAGACCCGACGUUCUACUUCAUCGCAAUCUUGUGGUAUGCACUUUAUGCAUGGGAUGAGUCCUUUGAGCUACUGUACAAACAUGUUAGUGAACUGGAGGCAAAAGUACUGCAAACGAAUAACAUGGAGCUCACGCGCGACCUUCAUAUCCUCCAGGCGCAUCUCUUGCAGUAUCAAUCACUACUCCAUCAUUUCGAAGUAUCAGUACAAUUUGUCGCGAGCACCCACAAUCCGGCCAUGGAGUCUAGUGAUGAGGAACAGCACAAAGAGUCAAAGGAUCUUAUGGAGAGGGAGUCUGAGAAUCUACUCAGCGAAAUUGAUCGUCUAAUAAAGCGACGUGAGAUGCUGAGCAACCGACUGAAGAAUGUGAUGGACCUUGCUUUUGCGAUUGUUAAUAUCGACGACAGUAAACAAACGCGAAAAUUGACGGAGGCGACGGUCAGGGACUCGGCAGCUAUGAAACUGAUCUCGUACCUCACAAUGGUCUUCCUGCCGGCCAGUCUCUUAGCCUCUGUGUUUGGAAUGAACGUCAUGCAGUUCAAUCAAGGAUCUCUACAGACGCUCGACCGCUACGUCGAAUCCACCAUUUCGCUCACGGCCUUUACCAUUUAUAUCGUUAUCACGCUUCAAACGCAUAGCUCAUUCCACGAGCACAACGCUCCAAUCCUGAGGCGUGCAAUAUGGCCAGUCCUUACCUUAUGGAAGAUUGUGUGUAAGACAAAGGAGAAGAUAGUGAGAGUGUAA